AUGAACUGGCAGCAGCUGUGGCUGGGCUUCCUACUCCCCAUGACAGUCUCAGGCCGUGCCCUGGGGCCUGCAGAGAAGGAGGCAGCUGUGGAUUAUCUGUUGCAAUAUGGGUACCUACAGAGGCCUCUAGAAGGACCUGAUGACUUCAGGUCAGAAGAUAUCACAGAAGCUCUGAGAGCUUUUCAGGAAGCAUCUGAGCUGCCAGUCUCAGGUCAGCUGGAUGAUGCCACAAGGACCCGAAUGAGGCAGCCUCGUUGUGGCCUGGAGGACCCCUUCAACCAGAAGACCCUUAAAUAUCUGCUGCUGGGCCGCUGGAGAAAGAAACACUUGACCUUCCACAUCUUGAACCUGCCCUCCACCCUCCCACCCCACACAGCCCGGGCAGCCCUACUUCAAGCCUUCAAGUACUGGAGCAGUGUGGCUCCCCUAACCUUCCAGGAGGUGAAGGCUGGAAGGGCUGACAUCCGCCUCUCUUUCCAUGGCCGCCAAAGCCCGAACUGCUCCAAUACCUUCGAUGGACCUGGGAGAGUCCUGGCCCAUGCUGACAUCCCAGAGCUGGGCAGUGUGCACUUCGAUGAAGAUGAGCUCUGGACUGAGGGGACCUACUGGGGAGUGAAUCUGCGCAUCAUUGCAGCCCAUGAACUGGGCCAUGCCCUGGGGCUUGGGCACUCCCGAUACACCCAGGCCCUCAUGGCCCCUGUCUAUGCUGGCUACCGGCCCUACUUCAAGCUGCAUCCAGAUGAUGUGGCAGGGAUCCAGGCUCUCUAUGGCAAGAAGAGCCCAGAGAUAAAAGAUGAGGAAGAAGAAAAGACAGAGCUACCCACUGUAUCCCCAGUGCCCACGGAACCCAGUCCCAUGCCAGACCCCUGCAGUGGUGAACUGGAUGCCGUGAUGCUGGGGCCCCGAGGGAAGACCUAUGCCUUCAAGGGGGACUAUGUGUGGACCAUGACAGAUUCAGGGCUGGGCCCCUUGUUCCGAGUGUCUGCCCUUUGGGAGGGGCUCCCAGGAAACCUGGAUGCUGCUGUCUACUCUCCUCGAACACAAUGGAUUCAUUUUUUUAAGGGAGACAAGGUGUGGCGCUACAUUAAUUUCAAGAUGUCUCCUGGCUUCCCCAAGAAGCUGAAUAGGGUAGAGCCCAACCUCGAUGCAGCUCUCUAUUGGCCUCUCAAUCAAAAGGUGUUCCUCUUUAAGGGCUCUGGGUACUGGCAGUGGGACGAGCUGGCCCGAACUGACUUCAGUCGCUACCCCAAACCAAUCAAGGGGUUGUUUACGGGAGUGCCAGACCGGCCCUCGGCUGCUAUGAGUUGGCGGGAUGACCGUGUCUACUUCUUCAAGGGUAAAGAGUACUGGCGCCUCAACCAGCAGCUUCGAGUAGAGAAAGGCUAUCCCAGAAAUAUCGCCCACAACUGGAUGCACUGUCGUCCCGCAGCCCCAGAUACUACCCCAUCAGGUGGGGAUACCAUUCCUUCAGCUACAGGUACAACCUCAGAUACCAUAGAUACCACCUUCAAAGCUGGCCACUCACCCAGACACAAUCUUGGACAUUACCCCUCAGCCACAGACACCACCACCCUUUCAUUCCCUGUUAAUGUCACCCUUCCAGAGGCCUAAAACCAGAAUGAAAUGUCUGCUUGCUAGAACUAUGCAGGUGCUGCAGCAGGAGCAUGAACCAUAGACCUCGGGCUUCUAAAAGUUCCAGCUCUAGCCACCACUCGCCUGUGCUGUUUCCCUCCUGGGAAGUGCCCCACUAGCUGAUUUAGCCCCCACCACCAUCCAUUUUCUCCCCAUCCUUAGAUAGCACUUCCAACUGUGCCUUCGACUGUCUGGAGGACAAUGGUGGAGGGAGUUGUCAAUCAAACGUUUAGCUGAUAGGAGGCAAUACCUGGGGAAGUUGGAUGCCUGGUCCUGUUCUUCCUAGAUAAAGUGCAAGAAAACAACAUGGCCAGUAAAAUGAGCAAGGGCUUUGGAAUCCUGGAAAAUCACACUUACUUGCUUAUGACUUUGGGCAAGCUAAUUAACUUUGUCGAACCUUGAA